CCUCGUGCAUCCUUCUCCUCCCCUAUCGGUAUCGACAGCACUCUCAGCUUCGGAUACAGAGACAUUUCAUUCGAUAGUUGAGACGACCCGAGAGAGUUCCAACAUUCAGCUUCCCACCAAUGACUGAACCGCCACAACGAGCCAAGGUACGGCGUCCUCAUCACAAGUCCCGUAAUGGCUGCGUCCCUUGCAAACAAAGGAAGGUAAAGUGCGAUGAAGAGAAACCCGUUUGCAAGAAAUGUCAGCUAUACGGAACAUCAUGCAGUUUCCUACAGACAUAUCCUAUGCACAAACUGCCCCCACCGACAGCACCACCAGCACCACCAGCAGAACCGCCUGCAGAAGCAGCAAAGUCACCAUCGAGGCAACCUACUAUACAAUCCAUGCUCACUCCUGAAGCGGCCACAUCCUCUUCCCUCUCAAGUCCAAAACUAUCGCCAGGAUUUUCAGAUUCAAACUACCUCUCUCCUUCAGGCGGCAACUUUUCGAUGCUUGACCUCGAACUUCUCCAUUUCUACACUACGGUCUCUAUCAACGAGUUCCUUGACAACAACACCUACGUACAACUAUUCGGACAAGCGGUUGUCCAUCAGGCUUUCCAACACCAAUUCCUGAUGCACGAGCUAUUAUCAGUUUCGGCGCUCCACCUUGCACAUCUUCGUCCGGAGAAGCGAUUACUUUACGGUCAUGCAUCAGAUGCUCAUGCAGCCACUGGAUUAUCACUCUACCAACCUCAGAUCGCAAGACUCACCUACAAGAACUGUCACGCAUGUUUCGCAUUCUCCACCUGGAUCUGGGUUCAUGCCUGGGCAGCACAAGACUUAGCCAAACCUUCGACAAUAUUCUUUGCUCCGAGUAACCGAGACGAUGAAGAUGUGCAUAUCAAGUGGAUUGCCCUGCAUCGAGGCACCAACUCGAUCAUCGAGACUCUUUGGCCUGUUCUCAAAGAUGGGCCUUUGGGAGGAAUAUUCGAUCCUUGGGCAGCUCUGGAUCCAGCACGUCCGGAUCCCUUGACGGGAGAGGAAGAACCGAUCCUAACGGCCCUACCACAGAUCUGGGAAUCAUCCGAGUCUCUCUCAAUAUCAGAGAAGGAGGCGUUGAAUAGAAGUAUCAGUAAGCUGCGACGGACAUUCAGCAUGUUGACGUUCAACACAAAUAUAAGCAAGAUAGCCAUUGUGAUGGCUUGGUUUUCAGCCGUUCCAGACGAGUACCUGUUGAUGUUGGAGAGGAAAGUUCCAGAGGCUCUGAUACUUGCGAUGCACUUUUGCCCUACGUUGAAGAAGAUAGAGUACUUGUGGUGGGUGAAAGGGAAGGCUGAGAAUCUUCUGACAACUUUGCUUGAUGCAUUGGGUGAGGGGUGGGACGAAUGGACGAAAUGGCCAAAGGAGAUGGUUUUUACGGAAGGGGAGUUAACGACAUGAUACACGAUUUUAUGGAGAUGAAAUUCAGAUUAGUAGCUCA